AUCCUGACACUGCGUGUGUGAUGAACUGCUUGUCGCACGUUUCGUCAUACACAACCGCCAUUUUCAGAAGGAAUGGUCGUUUCAUGGCGACGAGUUUUCUGUACAGACCUUGUUCGUGGAAAAGAAAAUUGGACCUUUCGUGUGGGGUUAAGUGCAUCAACUUAGAAUCAACGAGAUUCCAUGCUCAGCUCUACUCGUCUCGAAGCAAAGCCAGCAGCAGCAAGACGACGUCGUCUCGUACACGGAGGAAGUCAGAAGCUGAACCGGUUGUGGAGCUGGAAAAAGAUGCCUUCUAUGUAGUGCGCAAAGGAGAUAUUGUUGGUGUUUAUAAGAGUUUCAGCGAUUGUCAGGCUCAGCUUAGUUCUUCGAUAUUUGAUCCUCCGGUUAGUGUGUACAAAGGAUACUCUUUGCCUAAGGAUACUGAAGAGUAUCUUGGUUCAUGUGGACUUACGAAUGCCAUUUACACAAUCGCGGCUGCAGAUUUGAAGGACGAUAUUUUUGGCAAGCUUAUGCAUUGCCCUUUUCAAGAUCCAGCAUCUUUGCAAGGUGGAGCAUCCGUCAUGGAUGCACUCAAAAAGAGAUCCCAUGAAGUGCCAGCAUCAGAUAAUUUGGAAGUAAUUGGUUCACCUUCCAUAGCAGAUGAUCCAUUGAGAAAGCAUGUCAAGAUAGAUCAUUCCACUCAAUCAUUACCCUUAGAUUCUGGCUUCUGUACUCUUGAGUUUGAUGGUGCAUCAAAAGGAAAUCCUGGACUAGCUGGUGCUGGAGCUGUGCUGCGAGCUGAUGAUGGAAGUUUGAUCUGUAAACUUCAUGAAGGUCUGGGUGUUAGAACCAAUAAUGUUGCUGAGUACCGAGCUCUGAUUCUAGGGCUAAAAUAUGCUCUUAAGAAAGGUUUUACUAAGAUUCGUGCCAAAGGUGACUCCAAACUCGUCUGUAUGCAGGUGCAGGGGUUAUGGAAGGUCAGAAACCAGAACAUGUCUGAUUUGUAUGAAGAGGUGAAGGAACUGAAGGAUAAAUUUCUCUCCUUUGAGAUCAGUCAUGUUCUCAGGGAACUCAAUUCUGAGGCAGAUGCUCAAGCAAACUUGGCAGUCCGUCUUACGGAUGGUCAAGUCCAGGAGGAGGAGUUUGGGAAGUAGGUUAAAUGAUAGUCUACUGCUGGGUGACCUGAGUUUUUGAGGGUUAGACCCUGAUAAGUUCAGGAUAUUUGGGCUUCCAGCUGAGUGUACGAUGAGCACUGUGGCUUGGUGAUUUGCUAUUAUGUGGUUUGUUGGGCAUGAAUUAGCAGCACAGCCAUGAUUUCAGCUGCGUAACUGUCUGACUCGUAGCGUUUCUGUAAAUCAAUCUUUUGAGGUGGAGCCAGGGUGUGGCAGCGGGGUGAAAUAAUUCAUGAUAGAAAGGAGACUCAGUUUCACAAACUCUGAUACGGGAAACAUUGGGAUUUGCAAGCCUCAGCAUACAGAAAAGGAAAAAUGCAUAGGAGAAAUGUGUUAUUAUAGCAUUAGAUAAUAAUUGUUUCAAUAUUCUUAUAGUUUUUAUGCACUUUUACGAACAGUUAGGAGAAAUCUUAAUGUUGUAACAUACUGUGUAUACGACGAUAAAAAUGAAGCCAUAAAGCAUAUACAAUGUGAUU